CUCCACAACUGCAAAUCUUCACGUGCUUUGCAUCCACCCUUGAAGUUUUUCUUUUAUCUUUUGGUUUCUUUCUUUCCUUUUCACUCGGCAAACCUUAUCUACGUACCACUCCUACCCUCUUAAUUUGUGCUGUUUUUUGGGCUCAGUUAGGUUUUUGCUCCCUCUUCAAUUUGUUUGGAGUCUUUUUGGGGUCAGUGUGGUCGUUACUGAAGGCUAUUAAAGAGUAGUUUUGUUCGUUGGUUGACAAAGAAAGGUUAAAAAAAAAAAUCCAAUCUUAGCAUGGAAAACAACAGGCAAGUCGGUGCUUCUUCUUUUGAUCAUCUUUUUGGUCCUAAAGACUCUUCCUCUUCAUCAUCCGCCUCAAGUGGGAUAUUUGGGUCCAUUUUCCCUCCUCCAUCGAAGUUGCGGGGGCUAGCAAAGCAACCACUAAGAUUAGCACAUAAAAAAGCUAAAGGGAUGGUGCCAGCUGGAAGGGACUCUGGAACUACGGGUAAUCAUGUUGGGAAUGAAACAUAUGUGAAUCCAGAUAAUGCCACUCGGAAAGCCAAGGGAGAGAGCAGCGGCAUAAGUGGCAAAGGCCAGAGUUCAGUUUAUCAGAACGAAACGCCAGAACCAUGCUAUUUUAGUUCGUCAAUCUACUAUGGUGGCCAAGAAAACUAUUCCCCAAGGACCAAGAACGCAGAAUCUCAACAUGUUUUCAAGAAAGAUUAUGGAAAGGAUGAUCCAAAUGGCAACGAUCCAAACAGCGCUUCAAGAGGGAACUGGUGGCAGGGUUCACUAUAUUAUUAAGCGUCUGGCCCCAUUUUAUGCAAAUGCAGCAUCCCAGUAAACUAAGGAAUAUGACUAUGAGCUCUCUCAACGUAAUCUAUGGAACUAUGAAAUUAAUACAGAUUAGUAUAAGACUAGCACAGCGUCAUAUGUCAGGACAAUUAAUGCGGUAAAUUGUUGGGUUCUUUUUGUCCCAACUAGUCGUAUACUCGAGCUGAUAUAUUUCUGUCGGGGUUUUAUACCUUCACUCCUUGCAGAAUCUUGUAUACUAAACAAUCCAUCAUGUUGUCUAGUCGACUAAUAUCAAUAUAUUACUCUACCUGUCCAUGGACUUUAUACUCUUAA